UUUUGACUACUUACAUCUGAGAACAGUAACUUUUCGCGAGCUCCGUUAUAAACAAGUUAUGUUAUUAAUUUCUGUAAUAUUUUUAUUAUUCGAGCUUGCGACAUGUACUCUGUGGCCAAAAGGAAUUGUACAUUAUUCGAUAAAUCCCAAGCAUUAUGACCCCCACUCCCAGGACGUGAUGAUUGGAACGUUCAGGAAGAUCCAGAGCGAGGUGUGCGUGAAGUUCUUCAACAUGCCCGCGAACCACACCGCGGACAGCCAGCGCGUGCUCUACAUCCACAACCCCAACAGGGAGAAGCUCUGUCCGCCGAGGAGUUACGAUUUUAACAGAACGGUUGUCGACAUGACCAUCGGAUACAAAUGUGUGAACGAGAAGGAUAUUAGCAGGAUGGUUGUGGAAAUGUUGAAAGCCAGUAUUCAGAAAUCCGAACCUAUUGUCAAUAGUCAAGAUUUGUUGAAGAAAUUUCAAGAAAAGAGUGAAAACAUCAAUCAGUCAGUGCUGAGUGGAAAAGAUCGUAACUACAUCAACGUAAACUACUUCAAGGAGUGCGGCGGUUUGGGUCAGCGCAGCGUCCCUUCGAGACGGCAGCAAGGCGAUGGUGAUCCGGACUCGUCUGGAUUAACGGCGGCGAACAGAGAAUACUAUAGGUCCAAAGUGUGGCCAAUGGCGAUUGUUGUUUACAAGGUCAACCCGAAACUGAAAAAAUCUCAAGACUUUGAAACUGUGUUGCGAGCAAUGCGGAUAAUCGAGACUGAGCCUACUGAAGUUGUGUUCCAAGAGGCUGAUGAUGAUGACGUUCUAAAAGCGAGAAACAUGAUCGUUUUUGAGGAGGAGGGCGCUGAUUGGCCCAACUUGGGCUUUCAGGAGGGCAUCCAAGUGCUAAAGUUAUCAUCGAUAGCGCGUUGCGAAGACCCUGGGCACUCGUCGCACGCGCUGAUGAUGAUGAUGAGGAUCCUGGGGCUGCCCAUGAUGUCCAACCGCUACGACCGCGACAACUACGUCAAGAUACACUGGAAGAAUGUGCAGAAAGGUGAAGAGCUAUACUUAGAGAAGGCACCGGAAGCGGCGUGGCUGAAGAGUAUCCCCUACGACUUCACCAGCGUGACGCACGCGCCCGCCAACUUCCUGUGUCCGGGCUGUCUCACCACUUACACUGUGGAACCUGUACAGGACCACCUGUGGCACCGCACGUUACAGAUGGGUCACCCCACCAAACUGUCACCGGACGAUGUAAACCUGAUCCGCGUAGUUUAUGCUGAAGAACGUACUUCUAUACUCAAACCGAAUGUUCCCCAACCCACGGAAAAAAGCGAAGCGGACGAUAAAGAAUAUGAUGGCGAAGAUGAAAUCAAUGAACCCGAUGAGAGCGUGACGCGAAGGACGGACGUGGACAACAGCCAGUAUGUGAAGGGAGAGAGCCGGUACAUAUGGUUUCCUGACGGCAAUCGGAUGCCGAGUCUUGUGGACCUCCAGGCUCCUAUACCAGCCGCAAACGGAACGGCUUCACCAAACGUUUACUUGCUGUUCACUAGAUCCAAUCCAGUUAAUCCUCAAGUAAUCGAAAUCGAAAAUGCCAGUACUGCCUCAAAUUCAAACUACGAUGCAAAAAAACCUCUAGUCGUCAUUGUCCACGGCUGGAUGAGCGAUAGGCACUCCGAAAUCAAUGUUUUGGUUAGAGAUGCCUUCCUUGAAGCUCACGAUGUCAAUGUAAUCAUAUUAGAUUGGACAAAAAAAGCUGGAAAAUUGUAUACAAUAGCAAUGAGCGCCGUGCCGCGCGUCGGUAGAAGCCUAGCAGAAUUUUUGACUUGGCUCAUUGAAACUUCUGGAGGGGAUUGGAACAAAGUGCACUUAGUUGGGUUCAGUCUGGGGGCCCAUGUCGUCGGUAAAGCUGGAAAAAUUACUGGAGGGAAGCCGGCUCGUGUCACAGAAUUUUUGGUAGUGUUAGAUCCUGCGGGGCCCCUGUGGGACGGGAAGGAGGCGCGCGACACGAUCUCCGUCGCGGGCCAGUACGUGGAGGCCAUUCACACCAACGGCGACGCGCUCGGGCUGUACCAGAAGGUCGCCCACGCUGACUUCUAUCCCAACGGCGGGAAGAUUCAGCCAGGUUGUGACUGCAUCGACUCUCACUGCCGUGCAUACGAGCUUUUUGCCGCGACCGUUCGCAAAAACCACCUCGUCGGAUAUUCCUGCGACGAUAUGAAACAAGCCCUUGAAGUGCAGUGCUCGGGGUCAGCCCUCAACAUGGGCAACGGGAAUUUUUACAAGCGAGGAAAUGGCAUCUACGGCUUAAAGACUGACAAGAAGUGGCCUUAUUAAACGAAUUUUACUUUUUAAA